AUGGUUAUUACCGAUGAACGGCAGGAAAACGCGUCCAAAAAAACUUUAUAUUCGGACGAAAAGCGCGAUAUAAAUGAGUACAGCUCAGAAGGAUUAAAAAAUUGGUCGGGAAAUGAAAAUAAGGCCAAGCAACAUUCCGAACACACUUUCGCGCUGAAUAGCGACAUGCCAAAAUUAAUGGAUGUGACAAUCACCGCCAUGGUACAGUCCACUUUGGAUGAUAUUAUUGAUCAAGCGAUGUGCGAAGAAUCGCGUUCUCAACAAGAGGUCGGUUCGUGUAGCAUCGUGGGAGAAGCCUACGAUCAUCACAUGGAAGAGUACAAGUAUGCGCCAGACAAAGCGUCAAAAAUGACAUUCGAAGAAAACAAUCAAGUAUCAAAACUCAUGCAGAAUCGAAACAUGAUGAUGUCGGAAGGAGAACCUCUACUAAGGGGGAAUGAAGUUCCGGACGAGUUACAUGGAGAUACGUGCCAAAGCACAAAGGAUGAUCACACCAGUGUCAAAUUAAUGGAAGCGGGAGCCGACGUUCUGCACUCAAAUGGACUUAAUCUGCUUGCCGAGGUCGCUUUGGCGGAUGCUGAAAUUAAUGCGUCAACUGUUGACUAUCAAGGGUCCCUUAAUUCGAACGAACAGGCCUCCGAAUAUGAUAUCUAUGACGAGUACGAGGUGUUAAAAUGCGGAGAGGAGGAGGGAGAUUCAAGAGAUUCUCCCUGCAUUGAAAAUCAGGGUCAAAAAUCUUUUCACGAAUUUAAUUAUUGUGGCGCAUGCAUGGAAAAAGAAACGGUAGUUAUUGAAGAUUAUUCAAGUGAUUUUCUGUCCAACUCAUAUCUCCAGGUUGCAACAGAUCAACUUUUACGAUUCGAUUUGUUUCCCAAAGUUAAAUCGUAUAUCACUUUCCUAAUCAGAAGCGUUCUUUUGUGGAUAUUUAUUAAGGAAGUGACAACGAUCAACUCAAUAUUUCUUAUGCCCUCUUCGAAGCAGACUGAAAUCAAUAAUACUAAAAUGACAAGCCUCGGAAUAGAUUCAAAUAAAGAAUUAGACAACAUGGGUGAAUUAAAUGAAACAAUUGAAUCGGAAGAAUCGUUUGAUAGUAAAGUGGCCUUGACAGUUGACACAUCAUCCUCAAAAAAAGCAGUUGAUAUGGAUUAUGAACCGACAGUCAAUGAUUCUGCGCGAUUGGAUGACUCCGAAAGACGCGCGUCAGAUACGGAUGAAGUUAUCCCAGAGAAUGUAUCUCAGGACAAUCGAGAUAUUGAUUUUACGCCUGAAGAGGAAGAAUUACAAGAACCCUUUAGGGAAAAUACAGAGAAUUCCGUCGCAAAUGAUGAAAACUUUCAUAAUCUCAAAGGAGAGGAUAAUAUACAGGAAUAUUCUAGCGAUAAUACAAAAAACUGUGUAUCAAAUGACCAAGAUAUCUUGUGUCUUAUUCAUCGUCCCGACGAGGAAAAUAAAUUAAAAGAACCGCACAAGCAAGAUUCAUUAAAAGGUGAAGAUGACGAUAGUUUGUGCUCAACAACCACCAAGAUACCUCAAGGACGAAGAAUCGUUACUCGUAGCAUCUCAUCGUUGUCGAAGGGUGCGACCAGUAAUAUGAGUCUUGAAGAAAAAAAACGAUUGUUGACUGAAGUACGUCAAAAGAAGAUGACGCUAAAAAGUAGUCUUCUGAAGAGUAAUUUGGGAAAGAUAACUAAGGAGAACACCGAACGAAACAAAGAAUACAGAUGUGAACUCAAUGUUGUGGUGGUACAUAAAGAUGAACCUAAACCACCUAGUCCAACUUCGAAAAUGCAAGAAAAUAUGAGAGGCGAAAGGGAAACAACAACAUCGCGACUAAUCAGAAACAAUAAAUCAGCGACAACUUCCCAUAUACCAGUGUUAAAAUCACGUGGCGUGCAAAAAGAGAAUAAUGGAGGGGAAGUAGAAAAAUAUGUGCGUUGGGAUGAGAACCUAUUGCAGAUUUCUUCACCUCAAGUAAAGUCUUCACCUUCCGAAGCAAAGCAGAAGCCCAUACCAAAAUCAUGCCUAAAGCCCACGAAUCCUGCUACAGAUUCUCUUGGUAACAUUCUUAACGCUAACGAAAGUUUAACCCCUACAGUGAAGAGGGGAGUCAAAGUGACGAUAAAACAAAUUAAAUACCGAGACGAAUAUUAG